GGCCCAAGGCGGGAGGGAGUAGAGGCCAGGGCAGAGGGCGAGGGCGGAGGGCGCUGGCGGCGGCGGCCGCGGAAGAUGAGCAGCUGCUGCUCAGGGCUGAGCAGAGUCCUGGUGGCUGUGGCUACAGCCCUGGUGUCUGCCUCCUCCCCCUGCCCCCAGGCCUGGGGCUCCCCAGGGGUCCAGUAUGGGCAGCUUGGCAGGUCUGUGAUGCUGUGUUGUCCUGGAGUGACUGGUGGGGCCCCAGUGUCCUGGUUUCGGGAUGGGGAGCCAAGGCUGCUCCAGGGACCUGACUCUGGGCUAGGGCAUGAACUGGUCCUGGCCCAGGCACACAGCACUGAUGAGGGCACCUACAUCUGCCGGACCCUGGAUGGUGCACUUGGGGGCGCAGUGACCCUGAAGCUGGGCUACCCCCCAGCCCGCCCUGUGGUCUCCUGCCAGGCAGUCGACUAUGAGAAUUUCUCCUGCACUUGGAGUCCCAGCCAGGUCAGCGGUUUACCCACCCGCUACCUCGCCUCAUACAGGAAGAAGACAGUGCCAAGUCCUGAUAGUCAGAGGAUGAGUCCAUCCUCAGGGCCCUGGCCAUGCCCACAGGAUCCCCUGGGGGCUGCCCGCUGUGUGGUCUAUGGGGCUGAGUUCUGGAGCCAGUACCGGAUUAAUGUAACAGAGGUGAACCCACUGGGUGCCAACACACGCCUGCUGGAUGUGAGCUUACGGGAAAUCUUGCGCCCUGACCCACCCCGGGAGCUUCGGGUAGAGUCAGUACCUGGCUACCCCCGACGCCUGCAUGCCAGCUGGACAUACCCCACCUCCUGGCUGCGCCAGCCCCACUUCUUGCUUAGAUUCCGAUUGCAAUACCGUCCAGCGCAGCAUCCAGUCUGGUCCACAGUGGAGUCGGCUGGAUUGGAGGAGGUGAUCACAGAUGCCGUGGCAGGGCUGCCCCACGCUGUGCGAGUCAGUGCCCGGGACUUUCUGGAUGCUGGCACCUGGAGUGCCUGGAGCCCAGAGGCCUGGGGGACUCCAAGUACUGAAUCCCUGUCAAAGGAGUUACCAGCUGGGGACUCGCUACACUCACGGCUGGGGUCCGAGUCUCAGGUGGAUAACGGUGUUCCACUGAGGCCCUCUCUCCAGUCAGGCCCAAGGCUGCUAGAUCACAGAGACCCCCUGGAACAGGUGGCUGUGCUGGUCGCUUUGGGAAUCUUCUCCUUUCUAGGACUGGCAGCAGGGGCCCUGGUACUGGGGCUCUGGCUGAGACUGAGAUGGGGUGGGAAGGAUGGACCUCAAAAGCUUGGGUUCUUGGCCCCAAUGAUUCCAGUGGACAAGCUUCCAGGAGCACCAAACCUGUAGAUGACCCAGGAGGGCUUCAGUUGAUUCCACCUAUAACUGUUUUGCUGGUAUGGAUGGAUGGACAGAUAGAACCCAGGCAGGUUCCUAGAUCCUCAAGAAUGAGGAUCUCAGCAGGAAGUUCUGUUUGGAGCCCAUUCUGUGAGACCCUCUAUUCCAAACUUCCAGAUGAAAGGUGUCUGGACCUCAGAUCUUAUCCCAGAGCUGGAAGUCCACCUGAAGAAUGUGUGUAGCUAUGUAUGUCCAUGUGUGAUCAUGUGUAUGUGAAGCAGGGAACAUGUGUUUUCUAUAUGUAUGUAUGAAUGCAGGUGCCUGGGGAGUAUGUGUGGGUUGUUGGCUCUUGGCCUCGCCCCUUUGGGGGGUAGUGCUGUAAAGCUAUGAAUAAAGAGAAUGAGGACAUUCUUGGAGAUCACUGA